GUUUCGAUAAAAGUUAAAUUAGUUUAGUGUUGUUUUUCCCGUUCAAAAGUCGUCCUGUUCAUCCGGUUAUUCUGUUUCUUCCUUGUGAAUUUGGUUUGUAACGAGUGCAAUGGCUUAUAAGGUGGAUCACGAGUACGAUUACUUAUUCAAGAUCGUCUUAAUUGGGGAUUCGGGUGUCGGAAAAUCCAACAUUCUUUCCAGAUUUACCCGAAAUGAAUUUUGUUUGGAAUCUAAAUCCACAAUUGGUGUUGAGUUUGCUACAAGAACUCUUCAGGUUGAGGGGAAGACAGUGAAGGCACAAAUAUGGGAUACAGCCGGUCAGGAAAGGUACCGCGCAAUCACAAGUGCUUACUAUAGAGGCGCAGUAGGUGCGCUUUUGGUUUACGACAUAACAAAGAAGCAAUCAUUUGAAAACAUAUUGAGGUGGCUUCGCGAGCUACGGGACCACGCAGAUGCCAACAUCGUCCUCAUGUUGGCCGGAAACAAAUGUGAUUUAAAGCAUCUUAGAGCCAUUUCAGAAAGUGAAGCGCAGGCUUUGGCGGAGAAAGAAGAGCUUUCGUUCCUAGAGACUUCUGCGCUUGACGCACACAACAUUGAGAACGCGUUCCAGUCGAUUUUGCUCGAUAUUUAUCAUAUUGUAAGCAAGAAAGCCUUGGCUGCCCAAGAAGCAGCCUCUUUAGUUCCUGCACAAGGCACCACCAUUAAAGUAGAGAAUAAUGAUUCCAAAAGGUCAGCUUGUUGCGGUAAAUAAAUGUGUAUUUUUCUUUAACGUGUUUUGAGUACUCGAAAAUACACUUGGUGUCACACCUUGAUGGUAAAUCUGUCACGUGAUUGCUCGUUUUUUCACUCUCCCAUCGAUGUAAGUUAUACAAACACAAGAAAAGAAAAGAGUGAAAGAAGGUAAGGAGGAGAAGAAGAGGAAGAAUUGCUAUUUGCUAAGAGCAUUGGCUUUUUUUUGUAAGCAUAUAGAAUUACAUUAAAGAAAAUUCAUAUAUGUAAUAUUCGUUUGACCUUCGUAUAAUAUAGUUUGUACAAAUGGUCAAAUACUAUUUCAGGAUUUUUUGAA